AUGGAGAGUAUCUCCCGCAUCUCCUCGCUACUGGAGACAGCCCGUGAUCUUACUCUAGAAGCAGCACAACAGGCCGGCCCACGCAGAGCAACCAAACCAUUACCAGCGCAACAGAUCAAGAAACUACUGGACAGCCGCAACGAACGAGAGGUCCUCGAUGGCUUACGGCGAGUUAUUGCCAUGCAAUAUGCCAAACCCGCUCAACCCACCUUGACCUUCUUCCCAUCCGUCUUGAAAACAUUGUCCAAUCCCUACCCAUCGACCAGGCCGUUGGUGUACAACUAUCUCAUCCACCAUGCGGAGGCGGACCCGGAUACGGCGCUGCUGGCCAUCAACACCAUCCAGAAGUCGCUGUCAGACUCUAAUCCACGGGUCCGCGCGAUGGCGUUGAAGACUAUGUCCGGCAUCCGCGUCCCUGUCAUCUCUCAAAUCGUCAGCCUGGCCAUCAAGAAAGGCGUGAGCGACCUCUCGCCACUGGUACGGAAAGCGGCUGCGCUGGCUUGCGUGAAGUGCGUCCGACUUGAUCCAUCUGCGAGACCACAGGUGGAGGAGUACUUGGCUGCGUUACUUGCCGACAAGCAGUAUUACGUUGCUGGAGCCGCUGUCCAAGCAUUCAUGGAGAUCUGCCCUGAUCGGCUGGACAUGAUUCAUCCGGUGUACCGGAGACUGUGCAAAAUGAUGGUUGACAUGGACGAAUGGGGUCAGCUAGCUAUCCUACGACUGAUGACUGUCUACGCCCGCAAAUGCUUCCCCCGCCGGACCAAGACCGUCAAGCGGGCAGCGCAGACGCAAGAGCAGAAAGCUAAAGACUUCUACGAAGAUCUCGAGCCUGCAGAGGCCGACGAAGACGAGUACGAAGACAUCGAGAUAGUCGACCCGGACCUUGAUCUAUUCCUCACCUCGACCAAAUCACUCCUUCAAUCUCGCAACUCGGCCGUCCUCAUCGCCGUCGCCCGUGCCUACCUCUACCUCUCUCCCACCAAGUAUCUCCCUCAAGCAAUCGGACCUUUGAUCGCUCUCCUCCGUUCGCCUCAGGACAUUCAGCAAAUCGCUCUCUACAACAUCGUGCAAGUCGCUCUCCAUGAUCCAACGCUCUUCGUCCCUUACCUCCGCCACUUCCUCCUGAAGACCACUGAGGCGCCUUCGAUCCGGACCCUGAAGCUCGAAGUCCUCACGCUCAUCUUCCCGCACACCGACAAAGAGUCUCAAGCUUUUAUCCUCGCGGAACUCGAGCACUUCUCUCACGCGCACGAUGCGGACCUUGUUCGGGAAGCCGUCCGCGCAAUAGGUCGAUGUGCUCAGUAUUCUUCAGCCCUGACGUCUCGCCGUUGUCUUUCGCUCCUGCUAAAGCAGAUCCACUCACCAGACGAGAAUCUGGUCGGCGAGAGCAUAGAAGUCGUACGGCACCUCAUCCAGCGCCACCCCGAAGACCAUCGCAAGACUGUCGUACGGCUGGCGAAGAACCUUGACUCUUUGACUUCGCCAGUCGCACGGGCAAAUGUGGUCUGGUUGGUCGGCGAGUUUGCAGGCCAGGAACCGGAGUCAGACAUUGCGGCGGACGUGCUCAGGAUUCUGGUGAAAGGCUACGCAGGUGAGAGCGAAGCAGUGAAGGCCCAGAUUGUGUUGCUGGCUGCGCGAGUAUACCUGCACCAUCUCAACCGCAAGAACGAGAAGCAGAAAGCUCUCGAUGCGCUCAAUGCACCAUCUGAAGAGCAACUCAAAGACUCUACGCCAGUCUUCGAUUACACUGAUACCGAUGAUAACGAGGGCUUCCGCGAGCCUCAGCCCUCAUCACCCGAACCCGAAGCAGAGCCCGCCCAACCCAUCGAGCACCUCUACACCCACACCCUCCUCCUAGCCCGCUACACACCCUCCUACGACCUCCGCGACCGCGCUCGCACCUACCGCGCCCUGCUCGCCAACCCUGCCUCCACCGAGCUGGCGUCCCUCUUACUUCUAGCGCCGAAGCCAGUACCACAAGCACCGUCACCGAGUCAGGCACGGAAAGGCUUUACGCUUGGGUCUGCGAGCUUGGCGGUAGGCGAGGCGAUGCGAGGCGAGGAGGAGAUACCGGAGUGGGUCAGAGAAGGCGAGGAACCCGAUGUGCGGUUGAGAGAUGAUGGGGUGAAAGAGGAAUACGGCUCCAAUAAGGGCGUGGCGGCUUCGGCAGGGCAGAGGUUGGACGAGGCAUUGGCAGCGGAUGCGGGUGGAAAGGGAGUGGUGGAAGGAGCAAGGAAGGAGAAGACGUUGGAUGCUUGGUUGGACGAGGAGGAAGAGAGUGAGAGCGACAGCGAAGAGACGGAGAGUGAGGAGGAAGAGGAUGAAUCGGAGUAUGAGACGGAGAGCGAAGAGGAUGAGAAAGCUGGUCUGGUCCGAUAG